UCUCUCGUCUUCGAGAAUACAUCCCGCCCGUCCUGUCCUCCCCAUCAAAUCUUACAUAAACUGCAUGACCCCCCCUCCCAAACCACACACACCAAGCAACCACCUCCCCACUUAAAAGGACCAGAAAGCUAAAAGGAACCACAAACCGCAAACCAAAGACCUGCGGUAGACACAAUGACAGAAGUGACAGCACCAGCACCAGCAGGCACAGAUACGAAGCCCAGCGUUCUGAUCAUAGGAGGCCUAGGUUCUCCCCCCCUCCCUCCCCUGGACACACGCUCUACUCCCUCCCGCCAAUCACUGCUAGUCGGCCGGAUUACUAAAGCUUCCUUAUUCGCCUACUUAUUUUCCGAGUGUGAAUAGGUUUCAUAGGACGCUUUCUGGCAAAAUACAUCCACACAAACAACCUCGCAUCCGAAAUCCGAAUAGUGGAUAAGCAGCUACCCCAGCUAGCGUGGCUCGCACCGGAGUUUACUGAUGUCUGCACAUUGGAGAGGUUUCAACAAGGUGAUCUCUCGCGAGAACGUAUGUACCUCCCUCCCCAAUGCACACCAAAUGCUUGUUCCCCUUUCCUAUACACCGCCGCUACCCCCGCUAUUGCCAACUGGGCUGUAGCAGAGCAUGUGCGGCGAGGGCGAGGAUAAGGGGGGAAAAACAAGUGAUAAGAGCUAAAUAACACUCGACUUCCAAAAUUUAAAGAUACAUGUGAAAGGGUGUUCACCCGACCGGACGGGUCCACAUGGGACUACGUAUUUAAUUGCGGAGGUGACACGAGGUACUCCCAAGACGACGAGAUAUACAAGCAACGUUCCCUGAAGCUCUCCACAACCGCUGCCAAGGAAGCUGCCAGGAAGGGUGUCAAGUGCUGGGUCGAGAUCAGCACAGGGGCGGUCUACAAGAGCGACCGGGAACCUAGCAAGGAGACCGACAGGCUGAAACCGUGGCUGAAGUUGGCCAAGUACAGACUCCAAGCGGAGGAGGAGUUAAAACAAAUUGAAGGGUGCGUAAUAAAUAAUGAAAAUAAAAGGGCAAACCUGAACCAGGUGGGGUAGAGACUGGGGGUGAGAAUGAGUGAAUUGGUUGUGGGGAAGUCGUUUGGUUGGCUUGUUUUGUUCGCCUGGUGAGGGGGGGGGGUUGGUGUUGAUGGCGGUGAUGAAGAGGAGAGAGGGGGAAGGUUUGCUAAAUUUGAUAACGUGUUGCUGAUCAUAACUUUGCGCGGAUGAUUUUCCCCGUGGAUAGGCUUAACUUGGUCAUCGUAAGAUUGGCGAACGUUUAUGGAGAAUAUUGCUCGAAGGUUAUCGCGACGAUACUGUGCAUGGCGAGGGUAUAUGCCUAUCUGAAAGAGGAGAUGAAGUGGCUCUGGACGAAGGACCUACGAACACAUACCGUACACGUAACCGAUGUUGCCCGGGCACUAUGGCAUGCGGCGGACUGGCACACUUCCGGUCGGAAGAAUUGGGACGAAUCAAUGGGUAGCACGCCGAUAUUCAACGUUGUUGAUCAUGGCGACACAUGUACCAUCCCCCCUCCCCCCUUUUUUGCAUCACGAAACCUAACCAGGAGGAACAGCACAAGGAACCCUUCAAAAACACAUCUCCAACAUCUUUGGCAUCAAAACCGGUUUCCACGGAACAAUUGUCUCAUCGUUUGCCAAACUGAAUCUUGGCUCUGCUGUUGACGAAGAGAACGACGAGAUUCUCCAACCGUGGGGCGACCUGCUCAACGAGGCCGGCAUAACCAGACCCGGUCCUAUAACACCGUACCUGGACAACGAGCUUGUCAAAGACGACGACCUCAGUCUCGACGGCACACGCUUCGAGAAGGUCACGGGGUUCAGGUACCACGUGCCGGAGAUAACGGAGGAGGGGCUGCGGGAGGUGAUUGAUAGUUAUAGGCGGCUGAAUUGGUGGCCGCCGAUUGAGUUGGGGAAUAGUGAGAAUGGUGAGAAUGGGCAGGUUAUAGCGGAGGCAGCUAGUAGAUGAUUUGGUCUUUUUUUUUUAUAAAAAAAUACUCCUCGUGUUCCCAUCUUUUAUAUAUUAUGGAGAGAAGUGGACUGGGUUUGUGGAGGUAGAGGGAGAGAAACCUUUCCUCCCUUUUCUGUUUUUUCCUCCAUGUGGCGGAUUAGAAAAUGGAAGAAAAGAAAUAUCAUGAUG